AACGCGAAUCCAAUAUGCGGCCGCUUAACAUAUACGUGUAUGUGCUGCUUCUGGCCAGCCUUAGCUGCUCUUUUGGCUACAAUUACCUCAUGGUGUUGCACACUGCAUCGAAAUCGCAUUACUACGUCGGCGUAUCGCUGGCCAAGGGAUUGCUCGCCGCCGGACAUGAAGUAACGUUGAUCUCGCCGUUCUCAGAACAGAAACCCAUCGAGAGGUUGAGGCAUGUUCCCACUCCCGAAAUCAUUCGCGUCAUGGGUUCGCAUAUUGCCAAAUUAAUGGAAAACAGCAAAUUGCCGAUGGUGCGUCGUUUACCUAUGAUUCAUGGCAUGGGUCUACAAGUCACCGAGACCUUUUUGAAGGAGCCCUCAGUUCAGGCGUUGCUACAACAAAAUAAAUCCUACGAUGCCGUUAUAUGCGAGGUUUUUGUAAAUGAGGCACAUUUCGGACUGGCGGAGCAUUUCAAUGCACCCCUCAUAGCAUUAAGUAGCUUUGGUGCCUCCGCUUGGACCACCGCCUUGGUUGGGACGCCCGCACCACCCUCGUAUGUGCCACACAACUUCUUGCAGUUCGGCGAUCAAAUGACGUCCUACGAACGUGCCCUCAACUUUGCGUUUACCGUCUACGAGUAUAUUUAUCACCAAUUCUCCUAUUUGCCACAACAGGAGCAGCUCUAUCGCAAGUAUUUUCCGGGCAAUAAGCAGGACUUUUAUGACAUGAGGAAGAACACUGCGCUGGUGCUGCUCAAUCAACACGUUUCUCUAAGCUUCCCACGUCCAUAUGCGCCCAAUAUGAUCGAAGUGGGUGGAAUGCACAUCAAUCGGAAACGUCAGCCGCUGCCUGCUGACAUUGAGGAGUUCAUCAAUGGAGCAGAGCAUGGCGUUAUCUACUUUUCCAUGGGUUCCAAUUUAAAAAGCGCUGACUUGCCACCACAGAAACGGCAGGCAUUUAUCAACACCUUUCGGAGGCUCAAGCAGCGGGUUCUCUGGAAGUUCGAGGACCCCAAUUUUGCGGACAAACCGCCUAAUGUUUACAUAUCCGAUUGGUUUCCACAGGACGAUAUCCUGUCCCAUGACAAGGUAAUCGCGUUUAUCACUCACGGUGGUCUGCUGAGCAGCAUGGAGUCCAUAUAUCAUGGCAAGCCAGUGAUAGGCAUUCCCAUUUUCGGUGAUCAAUUCCUAAAUAUGGCACGCGCCGAAAAAUCUGGCUACGGCAUUACCGUAAGACUAGCGCAAUUAACCACAGAAUCAUUCACAGAUGCCAUUGAACGCAUUACCAACCAAAAAAGCUACAUAGAAGCGGCAAAAGCCAUGUCAAGCCGCUUUCGCGACCAACUUGAAACGCCGCUGGAGCGAGCAGUCUUUUGGGUGGAACAUGUCACUAGACAAAAGGGGGCCAGGUACCUUAGAAGUGCUGCGCAGAACCUCAACAUAGCUGAAUAUUAUAAUCUGGAUAUUAUUGUUAUGUUCUUUGGAGGACUAGCAUUUAUUGUGUUCGCUCUUUUGUUUAUUUUGGUGACUGUCGUAAGGCUUUUAUUAAGCCGUUUAAGUUCGAAACAUAAACCGAUUACCAACAAAGUAAAAAUAAAAUAACAAUCCAUUUUGUAAAUUUUGAAAACGUAA